AUGAGAGGAAGAGAGAGUUACGAAGUUGUGGUUCGAUACACGUUGAUCCACUAUGGACAUUUUCCUGCCACCAUGUACUUUGAGUUCUGCCCGGAUUUGCCCGACUCGGUGCCCUUCUGCAUUGUCAGGGAGAUGGAGGCUGUGGCUCGGACUCCACUGGCUGUGGAGCUGGGGCCUGUGGCUCCUUAUAAAAAACUUCAAGUGUUCAUCCAGGCCGUGGACACGGUGAUCGUGGAUGGAGUACCACCAGAGAGUUCUGUUGUCCAGCGUCUGAAGACCGCUGUGAAGCUAGGCGACUACAGGUACCCCACUUACCUGAAGGAAAUAGCUAAACAGUGGGUAGAGGACUCUGAUCGCCUUUCUCCGACUGCCAGAGAAAAACUUGCCGCUGUAAAGGGUCUUCUCAGCUGCUCUCUGAAGAUGAAGAACUACUCUCAUCGGUUUCACCUCCUGCUGCACCUGGAGGAGAUCCAGAUGGAGGUGGACAUCAGGAAGUAUGACCUCCACAAUCAAACCAUGAAUCAAGACCCAAGCAACAGAAAACUCCUCACGCUCAGUGUUCCUGGCGUCGCUGAGAAUCGGCCAUCUGUACUGCGAGGAGAUUGCCUGAGUUCCAAAUCCGAGGACACGGACCAGCCGAUCACUGUGUACACCGGAUAUGUUCACAGAGUGGAGCUGGACAGUGUGAAGCUGGGCUUCUCCAAGAGGUUGCUGCAAAUGUUUCUGAGUAACAUGAAGUUUAGGGUGGAGUUCACUCUGAACCGCUUCCCUUUGAGGCUGCAGCACCGUGCAGUCGACCUGGCAGUAACCCACCAGCUCGGAGAGGUGCUGUUUCCGUCUGGUGCAGCAGCAGCAAGUCUUCCCAUGCCUAAGCUCAGGAUGUUCAACCAGCAGCUGGAAAGCAACCCGGAGCAACACGCUGCAGUCCAGCGAAUCGUGGCUGGGUCAUCAAAGCCAGCUCCUCUUGUGUUCGGGCCUCCAGGAACCGGAAAGACAAUCACUCUGGUUGAAGCCAUGAAUCAGGUGAGCAGGGCGGAUCCCACGGCCCACAUCCUCGCCUGUGCACCUUCGAACAGCGCCGGCGACCUGAUCUGCGAGAGACUGAUGACACACAUGGACGCACACAAGGUGUACCGCGUGUACGCCACCAGCCGAGAUCCACGAAGCGUCCCCAAGACCUCCUGGUGAGCGCCCGCUGCCAUUAUCACUAAACACAGUAACUGGGACGAGCAACAAGAUGGCUUUGUGUUUCCAGACAAGGAAACUCUAAUGAGUUACACAGUCGUGGUUACAACUCUGGUCAGUGCUGGCAGGCUCGUGUCUGGAGGGAUCCCAGUCGGACAUUUCUCUCAUGUGUUUGUGGAUGAAGCGGGUCAGGCUGUGGAGCCCGAGUGUGUCAUUGCCAUUGCAGGUCUACUCAGUGCUGGAAAAGGUCAGCUGGUGCUGGCAGGAGAUCCAAAGCAGCUCGGACCAAUCCUUCGAUCUCCUCUUGCGUCACAGUAUGGGCUCGGACUUUCUCUGCUGGAGAGGCUGAUGAACCACAACGCUUUGUAUCAGAAAAGUUCAGACUCCGGACACUUCGACACGCGCUUCGUCACCAAGCUGCUGCGAAACUACAGGUCCCAUCCUGCCAUCCUGAAGAUCCCCAUGAGCUGUUUUAUGAGAAAGCUGCAGGUGUUCGCCGAUCAGUGGGAGCGCGAGGCCUACUGUAAAUGGGAAUACCUUCCCAAAAAGGGUUUCCCAGUGAUCUUCCACGGAGUGAUGGGAAAGGAUGAGCGAGAGGCCAACAGUCUCUUCUUCAAUGUGUCUGAGAUCGAAGUCCUGGUCGACUACCUCACCAAACUGGUGGAAACGCAACAGAAGAAGGGCCUCCCGAAGCUCUCUGCAAAGGACAUCGGCAUCAUCGCCCCCUACAGGAAGCAAGUUGAAAAGAUCCAAAAGGCCCUGCGGUCCGUUCCAGCGCUGAGAAAAUGGGAGGAUCUCAAAGAGCUGAAGGUUGGUUCUGUGGAAGAGUUUCAGGGGCAGGAGAGGAGGAUCAUCAUGGUGUCUGCGGUCCGAAGCAGCAUCAACUACAUCAAGAUGGACAAAGACUUCAACAUUGGGUUUCUGUCAAACGAAAAGAGGUUCAAUGUGGCUAUAACAAGAGCCAGAUCCCUGCUCAUAGUCGUGGGAAACCCCGUGAUCCUCAACAAGGACCCCACCUGGAAGAAAUUCAUCAGCUACUGCGUGGAGGAGAGGGGCUACACUGGCUUCGACUUCAAAGACGCAGAGGGAGAAGAUGACAUCGUGUCAAUGGCAACCCUGAAAAUCUGCGUUGAUUCUGAAAGUUAG